CCCCGAGGCCACGCCCCCGCGCCGCAGCGACAAGAUGGCGGCGGGCGGCAGCGGGCGAGCGUCGUGCCCGCCGGGGGUCGGGCCUGGCGCGGGCGGUCCCGGGCCCAGCGCCAACGCGGCCUCAGCCCCCAGCAACGCCGCCGCUUGCGCCCCGGGGCCGCCGGCGCUUUCCCCGCCUCCGGGGCCAGGGGCCGAUCCGGGGGACGAGCGCGACGACGCGGGCCCCGGCGCGUUGCUGCGCGAGCCGGUGUACAACUGGCAGGCCACCAAGCCCACGGUGCAGGAGCGCUUCGCCUUCCUGUUCAACAACGAGGUGUUGUGCGACGUGCACUUCCUGGUGGGCAAGGGGCUCAGCUCUCAGCGCGUCCCCGCGCACAGGUUUGUGCUGGCCGUGGGCAGCGCCGUUUUUGACGCGAUGUUCAACGGGGGGAUGGCCACCACAUCCACUGAGAUCGAGCUGCCUGACGUGGAACCUGCUGCCUUCCUGGCAUUGCUCAAGUUCCUCUACUCAGAUGAGGUGCAGAUUGGGCCAGAGACUGUGAUGACCACACUGUACACUGCCAAGAAGUAUGCAGUGCCGGCGCUUGAGGCGCACUGCGUGGAGUUCCUGAAGAAGAACCUGCGGGCCGACAAUGCCUUCAUGUUGCUCACCCAGGCACGGCUCUUCGAUGAGCCACAGUUAGCCAGCCUGUGUCUAGAGAGCAUAGAUAAGAACACCUCGGACGCCAUUGCUGCCGAGGGCUUCACUGACAUCGACCUGGACACCCUGGUGGCAGUGCUGGAGCGUGAUACCCUGGGCAUCCGAGAGGUGCGGUUGUUCAACGCAGUUGUUCGCUGGUCAGAGGCUGAGUGCCAACGGCAGCAGCUGCAGGUGACACCCGAGAACAAGAGGAAGGUGCUAGGCAAAGCCCUGGGCCUCAUCCGCUUCCCCUUAAUGACCAUCGAAGAGUUUGCUGCAGGCCCUGCACAGUCCGGCAUCCUGGUGGACCGCGAGGUGGUCAGCCUUUUCCUGCACUUCACUGUCAACCCAAAGCCUCGGGUGGAAUUCAUUGAUCGGCCCCGUUGCUGCCUGCGGGGCAAGGAGUGUAGCAUCAACCGCUUCCAGCAGGUGGAGAGCCGCUGGGGCUACAGUGGAACCAGUGACCGCAUCAGGUUCUCGGUCAACAAGCGCAUUUUUGUGGUGGGAUUUGGGCUCUAUGGGUCCAUCCAUGGGCCCACUGACUACCAGGUGAACAUACAGAUCAUCCAUACGGAUAGCAACACAGUCCUCGGCCAGAAUGACACAGGCUUCAGCUGCGACGGCUCAGCCAGCACAUUCCGUGUGAUGUUCAAGGAGCCUGUGGAGAUCCUACCCAACGUGAACUACACUGCCUGCGCCACACUCAAGGGCCCCGACUCUCACUAUGGCACCAAAGGCCUGCGCAAGGUGACUCACGAGUCGCCCACCACAGGGGCCAAGACCUGUUUCACCUUCUGCUACGCAGCGGGUAACAACAACGGCACGUCAGUGGAGGACGGGCAGAUCCCCGAGGUCAUCUUCUAUACCUAGGGACGGCCAUAGCCGAGCCCCCUCCACCCACUCACCCUCGCCGUGCCUGCCAGCCUCCCUCCCUGCCGCUUCCCCCAGCACCACUGAGGGGCCUCCCUGUGUCUACGGUGACAGGCAUCCCCCUCCACUGGGAGGUAGCCGGGGGCCAUGGGCUGUGCCGGGUGGAGACAAUCCCUCAGCCUUAGGGGGCAGAGCUGGGCCUGACCUCGAUGGAGAGCCGGGGGCCAAGGGAGGUGGGUCCAGGUUCGGCUCCUACCCUGAUCCCUCAAGCUCAGGGUGGGCCAGCCCGUGCCCAGGGUGCCCUGGCCAGGCUACUUGGCCAUUCUCACCUGCACACUGCAAUGCAUUGGAACCCACUGGGCUGGAGACACAAGUGCGUCGCUUCUCCAGCCGUGGAUCUGGGUCUCCUGUUCUUGUUUUCCACUCCCCUGGGGACCCUGGGGCCCAGCCUGCCAUCCACCUGAGGCCACCCCAACCUGCAGGGCACUGAGGGAGCAAUCCUCAGAAUUAUGGGCUGCUGGAUCAUGCUGGUCCAUGCAGAAUUCUGGGCUGCUGGGUCAUGCUGGGUCAGCAGAUGGGCCAAGUCCCUCCCAUGUGGCCAAUGGAGCUCAACCCCAGGUUUGCAGGGCUGCUGCUGGAUGGGCCCAUGAGAUGCUCUGGACCCCUUGCUGGCCUGAUGUGGCACCCAGGGGUACCACCCACCACUCCCUGUACAUACCGCAGCCCUGGCCCUCCAGGCCAAGCACCUGUUCAGAUAUGCCUCGAAGGCAUACUCCCUGCAAACCCCCAUCCCCUCUCCCCAUGUCUGUGUCCCAAUGACUCCUCCCUCCCAGAGCCUAUGUCUUCCCCAAAGCCAUGGGAGGUGAGCCACCCCACAGUAUCCCCAAAUGAUUUUUUUUAAAUAAAUACCCAUCCUGAGCUGCUGUG